CGAAAUAAUUCAACGAACACAAAGUGUUAUCGGUGUUGUGUUGCAAGCGUAUGUAACAUUACAAUAAUAUUAAUUGAUCCAAUGCGCGAUUAUACUCAGCUACGUAAAGUGUGUAAUACGUUUAUCUCGUUACUGUUUCGUGUGUUUCAGUACGGUGUUGAGCGCUGAUCAAACGUUUUCCACAAAAUAUUCGUAAAUUUGAUAUUAUUUCGGUUAUGUAAGUGCGAAUACAUGUGAAUGAAUUUCAUACUGAUUGCAAGUACUUCGUACAGUACAGUAUACCGAUGUCGCAUUAAUAAUAAUUAUCUUUUCCUCGCAGAAAUGUUAUUUUGCAAUUUAGAACAGAAUUAGCAAUCGAUUGAAGUGUAGAAAACAAAUUACCGCAUGUGAAAGACAUAUUUAUGACACGUAUACGCUAUACUGAAUACGGUGUUCGAAAAAGUGAAUGAAAUUCUCUGGCACAAUUGAGAGAAUUCCGAUUUAAAAACGGUUUCCAACUAAAAUGUGAAUGUUCGACUGGAGACCACGACAACAAUGUUCUUAUAAAUAAUUGCAUUUGAACAGAUGGAUACGCGAACUUAACCCCACAAUGGACUUAGAACCUGUUUUCGAUCUCUCGGAUGAAUGGCCGUCGAAUCCGGACGAUUUGCUCGACUCUCUUUUCCUGAACGAUGGCUUUUUAAGCGAUUUCGAUGGGAAUAUCAACUUCAAUGACCUACCAUCCACCGUGGUGAAAGAUCGAAUAUCGCCAGAUCUGUCGACCGAACCGGAAUUCCACGGUUUCGUCAACGACAUGAACCAUAAACCGGUCAACGAUGUAUCCGAAUACAUCAAUUAUUCCGCCAACAAUCAGUCGACAUCUAGUAAUGGUUCCGAUAGUGGACUGUCCAGCGACAAUAUGGAUAAUAUGGAGGUUGAUAUAAGUCCCGAUUAUGAGCCACUGAGUCCAACAUUAUCGUCGCCAGGACCAUCAAUUAGUGAGCGUGGUGGUCAGAAUUCUCCACCGCGUACAGCAUUCAUGCAACCAAUGCGUCAGCCGAUGAAGCCGAAGUCAACGAUCAUCGCAUCUUCAUCGAAGGUUGUCGGUAAGCACCAACCAAUGCCAUCGAAUAUCAGAACGGCGGUGCAGCAGAAGAAAGAGGUCAAAAUCUAUAAAAUGACUCCGGCCACUCAAGUCGUGACGGCCGGAUCGACCAACAAAAAGGUUACGAUUCAAAUGAAGGAUUCACCAAUUGCUGUCAAACCGCAGUCGACCGGAAAAUUCGUCAUCAACAAGCAGAAUCCGAAUGUUCAAGGUGUGCGCAAAUUGAUUCGUGUGCAGAAUCCGUCGAAUCCACGCUCCAUACUGUUACCGGUCUCAUUUCAAGAUGUUAAAGAUUUUCGCACAAUUAAAAUCAUCAAUGCGUCGAGUCUGAACAACAAAUCGUCCAACAUAAAAAUGGCUGCCGCUAAUCUGUUGCAACAAUCGAAGAAAGGAUUGGUCCCGAAGAAUGUGUUGGUGUCCAAGGAGCAGCUUAUCGACGACUCAAUGUCCGACCAUACAUCCGACGCAGAAAGCUACGUUUUCGACGACGUUAUGAUGACAUCAAACUCAUUGGCUACACCAUCCGAAACGGGCAAUAACAGCGAUUCGUCGGACAGUAAUCACGAUACCCAAUCUUCGUAUCCGAAAUUGACGUUGACCAAUGAAGAGAAACGGCUACUGGCCAAAGAAGGCAUAUCGCUGCCCGGUAAUUAUCCAUUGACCAAACACGAGGAGCGUGAAUUGAAGCGCAUCCGACGAAAGAUUCGCAACAAGAUAUCGGCUCAGGACUCGCGUAAACGAAAGAAGGAAUACGUUGACGGAUUGGAGGAACGCGUCAAACAAUGCACCGAUGAGAAUCAGACGCUCAUCAAACGUAUCAAACAGCUGCAGAGCCAGAAUCACAAUUUGAUGAGCCAAAUGAAAAAGUUACAGACACUGCUCACCAAAGGCACCAGUAAAACGGCUCAGCCGGCCACAUGUCUCAUGGUGCUGUUGCUCAGUUUGGCGCUGGUUGCCGUUCCGAAUCUGAAACUUGGACAAAAUCCCAAAGAGACUGAAUUGACGGACGUGCUGGAGGAGAGCUUGUUACAGAAUCGUAGAAGUCUAUUGUUUGACACAAAGCAGCAGUUCGGUGAUGCGUUAGUGGACGAAGAAAUGAAUUUGGAUGACAUUCUUGCAUUCAACGACCAAGUCAGCGAACAUAACUAUGCUGCCGAUGUGGAGAGCAUCGUUUCCGGCGUAUCGAUGGCAAAGAAACCGCGAACAUUCAUUGAGUUCGACGUGGACGAUAAAAUUUGGAAACCGCCAACCGGUGCGGCAAGCGAUUUCGACGGUAAGGCCAACGAAUUCCACGAUCAGAUGAAGAGUUCGCAUAGCAGCGGUUUCAACAUAGACCGGCCGCUGAAUGAUGAUGUGCUGAGCACACAGCCGAAAGAAUUGUACGAGAUGAAGUUGGAUACGAUUUCGUCGUUUGCAAAGGGCGGAGCCGAAGUCGAGAUCAUGCAUGAUAAAGUGAUGAUUGGCGGCAAUGACGAGGAAAGAAAAAAACUGAAUGCGUCGCAAAUAAGUGGCAGUGAAAGGAAGAUUUUGAUGAAGGGAGCUUAAAGCCGUUCUUUAUCGCGAGCGCAUUUAGUUGGUUGCUCCUAAUUUGUAUACGUGUGCACCGUCACCGGAUUAAAUCUUGUCGGUGUGCGCGUGUAUGUGUGUGUGUAUGGAGCACGUAAAUUAAAAUAAUAAAUGAAGUAUGAAACAUGGACGGAGGACAUGAAUGCAAUCAUCCGUGUAAUAAGAGAACCAACGCGCGUUAAUUUAACUUAUAUAUAAAUUAGGUAUGAUUUAGUGCUACUAGCGUUUAAGUGAAAACUUGUUUUACAGAAACAAAUUCAAAUUUUGUGAAAAAUUAUUUUCAGUUUUGUUCUUUUUAGUUCUUAGGUCAGAGAUUUAUGAUUUUACUCGUUUUCAUUUAUAUUGUUUUAUAUAAAACAAAUUUCUUCUAUUUUUACCGUUAAAGAUUAAUAAAAAUAAUUUUUGAAUUAAAAGUAAAUUAAAAUUAAAAUCACUAUAAGAUUGUAACACCACAGAUACACCCACACUCACACACACACACUAUAUUGUCUAUAUACGUCACUGUUAGGAUCAAAAGUCGGUCUUUUCCAUCUGUCAAACUGUCAAAAUAAACGAUUAUCUGACUUAUUCGCAUAAAUAUUUUCGUUUGACAUUUAAAACGUCACUUUGACAGAUGUAAUAGACCGACUUUCGACCCUAACAGUCACAUGCACUAAUCCAAAGGUGAAUGCAUUUCUAUAGAAUGUCGUUUAUUGUUAGGCCGACACCAAAUUUAUUUUUGUACGCAAUGAGCAAGUAGCCAUGAUUUCUUACUCUGGCCACACAUAGCAACGCUGUAUAUACGUAAUAUCAAAUUUUUCUUUUGUUCGCCUGUCAAGUUUGACAUAAUAACGCGGCACAGACCUAAUGAAAAUUUUGACAUUCAAAGCAGCUCAUUGGUCUCGUCAUUAGGCUCUGUACAGAGUUGCAUGAACAUAAAUUGACUAAAAUUUUACGUCGACAACGAAUGGAUGGUAAUAAACGAACGUUAUUAGUUUUUGGUUGAACGACCAUAAUGGAUGGGAAUUCUGCUACUGAAAUAAUAAUACUGUGAAAUAGUGCCCGAAGGACGCUUCGAAUUUUUGUAUAAAAAUGUUCAAUUUUUGGGCCUUUUGUAAGUGAGUUUCAUGUAUAGUACCCGACCAGUUUAAACAUGCAUACUUCAUCUAAAAUUAACAUUUGUUUUAACAAUUAAUCAGAUUAAGUAAUUCGAGUCUAUUGAGUCUUCAAUCGUCCCACAUAUACGUUUACCAUUUAACGGAAUUAAUUGUAAUGUGGUAUCGAAUAUUCCGUGUUCCAUAAAAGUCAUUCACUAAGAAGUUUUCAUCUUUGCCAAUUGAUCUACUUGGACAUCAUUGAACUGUGUUGAUGGAAAUAAAUUCAAAUGAAAAAAAAAAUCUCACAGCAAUGUUCAAUGGCAUUGUACCUCGGUACAUUCAUAAAAAAAUCUUUUUAUUUUAAAUCUAAUUUUAGCUGUGAUUAUUCAUUAAAAAUUAUUAAUUUUAUCAUUGGAAUAGCAAGCGUGCAAAUGGGACUAUUUUGUGGGGAUCAUGCAGAGUGGUUAAUAAGUGACCUAUUCGUUAUUGGUUAACUACAGUAAUUGCGCUAUGUAAGGGCCUAUCAUUGUCGAAAUUACUGAAAAAUUACCGAAAAUCGGUAAAUUUCGGUCAUUUUGAAACAACUUUCGACGAAAGUUUUUCGUUAAUUUUUAGCAAACUUUGGUAAUUUUCCGUCAAUUUUGAGCAAAGUUGCGGUUACUUUUCGGUAAUUUUAAUCAAAUUUUCAGUUGGAUAGUUUUGAACAAACUUGCAGUAAAUUUUCGGUGAACUUUCGGUUAUUUUGAGCAAAUUUUUGUUAUAUUUCGGCCGUUUUCGGUAAAUAAAAUUCUCAAUAAUAUGCCCUGGCCUAGUAUGGUGAUGUUCUAACACUUAGUCGCAAGUAGUUUGGCGUUUGAAAUUAAUUAGCGUUAAAAAAUGGAACUAUUUUUGUUAUAAUUUUAUGGAUUAAGUGACUAAAAGUGCAAGUAAUUGUCUAAACAAAAUAAUCUUUUUGAAUAUAAAACUUAUCGAAGUAAGG